CUCGGUUCUUCCCUCGCUUCCUAGGCAAACGGUCGAACACCUCAACGGCAAAAACACCUCCGACAAAUGCGCGCUCUACUCCGCCUCCGGCGCCAGCUACCUCUGCCCUUCACCGCGCGGGCCUUCUCCUCCUCCUCCGAGCCCAACGAGAUCCCCACCAUCUACUCCUUCCUCCAGCCCUCUGUUUUCGCGCCGCGUCCCAGGCCCCAACCGCCGCCGCCCCCACCCCCGGCCCAUGACACCGCCCCCAGAAAGACGCUCCCCGUUGCCGACGCCGCCACGCUCGAAUCCAGCCUCCUCGCCGCCGUCGCGGAGGACCGCUCUGACGAUGCGUGGCUCGCGUUCAAGUCACUAGCCGCGUCCUCCAGCCCGCCCUCACCCCACGCCGCCGCCGCGCUCGUCUCCCACCUCGCCGGCGCAGCGGCCGCGCACCAGCGGCUUAGCCUCAAGCGCGCCUUCGCCGCGGCCAUCUUCCUGCUGGAGAAGAGCCCGCACGCGGCGCCCGUCCCGGAGCCCGCCCUCGGGGCGCUCUUCUCCGCGCUAGCCGCGGCGGGCUCCGCCGCGCCGGCGCUGGCGCUCGCGCGCGCGAUGCUACGCUGCGGGCGCCGCCUCCCGGCGUUCUCCGUCUGGGGGCACCCUCUGAUCGAGGUUACCCGCGAUGACGCGGGCGCCUUUGCGGCAUUCCUGAAGGUGUUCGACGAAGCCUGCAAGCUCGUGGUGGAGGAGAAGGCUCCUGCUGAGGCGGUGGCGAUGCGCCCUGAUCUCGCUGCCUGCAAUGACGUCCUUGCUGGUUGCUGCCGCAGGCUUGGCUCGGUGGCUGAUGCUGAGAGGGUCCUGGAGACUAUGUCGGCCGUUGGGGUCUCGCCAGACGUAGAGAGCUUUGGGUCACUUGCCUUCUUGUAUGCUUGGAGAGGUGUUCCCAGCCGGGUUGAUGAGCUGGAUACAUUGCUUGAUGCUCUGGGAUUCAGCAAGAAGGGAUUUUUCAAGAAUCUGAUCAGUGGGUACCUAAAAUCAAGCAACUUCGAGUUGGUUUCAUCACUCAUCCUCAGUGCAGUGAAGGAGCGCAGAGUUGGGGAUGGCAAUGGAUUUGAUGAGGAAACCUAUAGUGAGGUUGCUCGGUGCUUUGUUGAUCAUGCGAGGAUUCGAGAACUAGCUCAGUUGAUCAUCCAAGCACAGGAGAUUGAGCUCACUCAACAACCUAUGUCAGCAGAGGAUUCUGUUGGGUUUGGGAUUGUCAAUGCUUGUGUUGAACUUGGCCUAUUGAACAAAGCUCAUAACAUUCUCGAUGAAAUGACUGCUCAAGGAGCUUCUGUAGAUCUUGGUGUGUACUCCUCGAUCUUGAAAGCAUACUGCAAGGAACAGAAGACUGCAGAGGCUGCACAGCUUGUGGCAGAGAUUAGUGCAGCUGGGCUUCAACUUGAUGCUGGUAGUUAUGAUGCUCUUAUCGAUGCUUCCAUGACAGCCCAUGAUUUCCAAUCUGCAUUUGCUCUUUUCAAGGACAUGAGGGAGGCAAGACUACCAGAACUUAGAUCAAGUUAUCUCACUAUAAUGACAGGCUUGACAGAGAACAACCAGCCUGGCCUCAUGGCUUCAUUCUUGGACUCAGUUGUUGAUGACCCGAGAAUACAGAUUGCUACACAUGAUUGGAACUCGAUAGUACAUGCUUUCUGCAAGGUCGGGAGGUUAGAGGAUGCUAGAAGGACAUACCGAAGGAUGGUAUUCCUUAGAUUUGAACCAAAUAAUCAGACAUACCUUUCACUGAUCAAUGGGUAUGUCUCAGCUGAGAAGUACUUUAAUGUGCUCAUAUUAUGGACAGAAGUGAGGAGGAAGGGGACUGAUUUCAACCACGAGUUGAUUGAUGCCUUUCUGUAUGCUUUGGUGAAAGGAGGGUUCUUUGAUAUGGCAAUGCAGGUGAUUGACAGGGCGCAAGAGUUUAAAAUAUUUAUAGAUAAGUGGAGGUACAAGCAAGCAUUCAUGGAAACCCACAAGAAACUGAAAGUGGCAAAGCUAAGAAAGCGAAACUUCAGGAAAAUGGAAGCCCUGGUAGCUUUCAAAAAUUGGGCUGGUCUGAAUACAUGACACCACAACCUCAAUUUAUCAACCUAGCAUGUGUUAUGGCUGAAUUCGUCGUCUUCAGAAAGCUGUAGCAAGCACUAUGGAUCUUUAGAGAUGGUCAAGCAGCUGUUGACUGUGAUAAGUUUGUAACAAGGUUGGAUAAAUUGGCGAGCUUGUGUUCUCUAUGAUAUUUAUAGGAAUAGGUUUACUGACCUGUCUAUGUACUAGUUUUCCAUAGGGUCCGAUCUGACUCCAGACCAUGUAUUACAGAAAUAGAUUCAAUAACGAGUUUCUCUUGAAAUACUUUGC